AUGAACCGAUACCCAGCUUUAGUACAGGCAGACCCACGCCCUUGUCUCCUGCUCCUCACCUGUCUGGUGACCCUGUCAGCCUCCGUUCUCAGCCUGGACACACACAACCUGCACAUCUUCAAGAGAUCCAUCGCUAAUAUCACAAAGACAGCUCCAAAGGCAUUUGAAGCUGGUCAAAUCCGGCUGGUGAAUGGUCCCACCCACUGUGCUGGGCGGGUGGAAAUUCUGUACAACAAUGUCUGGGGCACUGUGUGCGAUGACGGCUGGGACUUAAAUGAUGCAUCAGUAGUGUGUCGGCAGCUGGGCUGUGGGGCCGCGGUAUCGGCACCAGGCACAGCUCACUUUGGACAAGGAUCUGGCCCCAUCUUACUGGACGAUGUUAAUUGCAGAGGAGGAGAAUCUGCCCUCACAGAGUGCACCUUAAAGCCUUGGGGAGACCACAACUGUAACCAUGCAGAAGAUGCCAGUGUGGUGUGUUCAGCCAGGCCCAAGGACUGCAGUGAGAUCCCCUCAGGCAGCCCCAGCGGCAUCUACCUCAUCCAGCCCACAGGACUGCACCAGCUCGUGGUGUACUGCGACAUGAACGAAACAGCCGGGGGCUGGACGGUCCUCCAGCGGAACCGGCACAACACACAGAUCACCUGGGCUGAGUCCUGGAGCACCUACAAGUACGGCUUUGGCAACGUGCACGAUGACUACUGGCUGGGGACGGAGUACAUCUAUCGGAUCGCCAAGCAGAAGGUCUACCAGGUCAGGUUUGUCAUCCACGAUUCAUCCGGCACCAUGAAAUACGCAGACUACAACCUCUUCAGUCUGGAAGACGAGUCCAAUGGCUACAAGCUGAGGCUGGGCUCUUACACUGGGACUGCAGGGGACGCCAUGACUUCAAACAAUCCUACCACCGUGCAUGACAACAUGAAGUUCUCCACUAAAGACCUGGAUCAGGACACUAACAGUGGGAACUGUGCGUCUAGCUAUGAGGGGGGCUGGUGGUACUCGGCUUGUUAUUCUGUUCGACUGAACGUCAAAGGGAGCAUCACUUGGGGUGGUUUCUGUAGUGGGAACUGCCAAGCCUCUGCCAUCCUCAUCAAACCAGCGUCCUACUGUUAGUCACCCCUUCCCCACCCUCCUGUCUCCAGUGAGGCCAACCCCUGCUCCACGAAGGGAGGGAAAAGGGUCAGAGUGUGUCAUGGCCAAACCUCCCGCCCGCUCUCACAGGCCUUGCUUGGGGAAGUAUCAGGGUUACCCAGGAAACGGGGCCACUUUCCUUCUCCUCUCUCUCCCUGCAGACUUUCCGAGCUCUUCUCCACUUGGCCCUUCCUCUUUCAGCUUUGGGUUGAUUCAUUUUAAUUAUAUUAAAAAUCAGAACAAUUGUUUGCAAAAAUUGUUGUUUCCAAGCAUGCCAUGUGUGGGGUAGAAAACACGCUCAGCCCUGCCGUGAUUGUUCAUUAGAUUCAAAGAGCGCCCCCAGAGGUCACCAGAAACAGGACGCCAUAAAGGCUGAAGAAUUCUCUCACACUCUGUGUCUCCUCUGUAGUGGGUGUUGAAGCUUCAGAAUAAAAUUGCAUUUCCAAAAGUUCUCUCCAAUUGGCAGAUAUCCAUUCCACGUCUCAGGGGCUCACCCAGUCUAACCUAGCUAGAGAAGCCAUUCCUAAGGACAGAUCUUUGGGAUUGCAGUGCAAUGGCCAUUAAAAAGGAAAAACUAAAAUAUCCAAAUAAGGAAAUUAAAUCCAGGUGUCUGAGUUUAAACACGAGAGAUGUGACUCAGUGUAGGACAUUUAAAAAGGGUUUUCACAUUGGAAUAUCCUCUUCUUAGUAAGAGAGAGAACGAUAGUCACGCAUUAUGGAGUUGUGGUCAUGACUCAAUACCAUCGCUACAUCUAUAUAGCACUUUCUGUUGUGUGACUUUGACAAUCCCUUACUGUCCUCCUUCCAUCAUAGUUAUUCUCCGGUUCCAGAGGAAUGGGUCUGGGGAGUUUGCAGUAAAUCUGACAAGCUACUUGCAAGUGCUAGGACUUAUAAAAAGGAGGGUUUUCACUUUCCAAAAUGGUUCUUGCCAUUUCUUACCCAACGUGAACUCAAAAUUCAAAUGGCUGAUAGGCCCCAAGGACAAUGUGGGAUUUGGAAAGAUACUGAAACUUAAACUCCUUAACGCUGGGCGCACUGGAAAGCAUCCUGCACCCAUCAUCUAUGAUGGGUGUUUGUAGCAUCGGGUGAGUUUGACCACUGAUCAGUGACUAUCUGCCCCAAACAAGCAGCACACAGCUGUGACACUCCGUGGCUGCCAGCCUAGCUCCGCAGAGAGGGGAGAUCACCAGUCACACUUAAUGCCAGGGAACCCCAAGACCUGCACUUAGCUGGAAGCCUGAACAAAGUGAGGUGUCCACAUUGCUCCUGACCUCAGAUUUCUUGCAGCAGGAGUGAGGCAAGGCAAGGGUAUGCCACUGAGAUCCACCAUCCCCCUGGCCUGUGAUCGCCACCCUGAGAGUGACCCAGGACCCAGACCAUCCAGGGGUUAUAGACAGUAACCACCAGCACCUCGAAUCUCCCCUGGAUGUGAACUGGCAGCAAGUGCUGAGCACAGGGCAAUGUAUCCUCGCAGGCCUACCCUACCCCCAAGUACCUUGUGCUCCGGCUAUAGCCUCUGGCCCGCCUUCGAGGGUGCUCCAGGAAGAGCAGAGCCCUGCUUGAGAUGGUGACUGCCAAACCUCCCACCUUGCUGGGGGAAGUAUCAGGGUUACCUAGGAAACGGGGCCACUUUCCUUCUCCUCUCCCUCCCUGCAGAUUUUUUGAGCUUUUCUCCGCUGGGCCUUUCUCCGCUGGGCUUUGGGUUGAUUCAUUUUAAUUAUAUUAAAAAUCAGAACAAUGAUUUAAAAUAACUAUAGCUUCCAAACAUAGCAGCUUCGAGGAGAGAAUGUGCAUGGCCUUGUAGUGACUUUUCCUCGUAUGCAGGUGAGAAGGACACAAACACAGACGGGUUUCCACAAACU